ACGGUCAAAUUAGACCAGUCGUAUUGCAAAGGUCGGAAGCUGCGUAAAAUGUUUUCUGUUUGAAAUUUCAAACGGCCGCGAAUGCGCGAAGCUCUGGCUGAUCAACUUUGGAGGGACUCCAACAUGAACAAAAUGAACAAAGAGAAUACUGGUUCGCGGCUGCCUGUAAUUUCAGCCAAGAGGGCUCUUACCAGCAGCACCGAAAGCUACGAACAGCAGCCAGCUCAGAAGAAGAUGCGGAAAGUGGACCCAGAGCCCGUGAAGCCGGCGGUCAGCGUGGCGGGCACCGCGCGCCGUCCUGCGGCCGCGCAGCAGCGGAAUGCAGGCCAGUCCCUCCGGCCCGCUCGAGCUGCGACCGUAGCUGCCGGUCCCACCAAAGUUGUUCAAAAGCGGCCGAUCGCCUCUGUGACAAAGCCAGCUCCUGCGGGCACCGGCGGGUCCCGCCGUCCCGCCUGGGACCUGAAGGGGAAGGUGAGCGACAUGGAGACCAAGGUGCACCUGUACCAGGCCCGGGCCAAAGCCGCAACCCAGGAGAACCAGGGCCUGCAGGAGUGCGUGGUGCGGUCCCAGGAGAGGGAGGCACAGAUGGAGGAGGAGAUGCAGGGCUUGAGGCAGAAGCUGAGGGUGAGCGAGAGGGAGCUGGCGGACCUGCGGCAGGUGCGGGAGCAGCUGGAGGGGGUGACUCAGGAGAGGGACGGUCUGAGUAAGGACCUGGCCCUGCUGGACGAUCAGCACCGCGCCCUCCUGGCCCUGAGGAAGAGCCUGGAGUCUGAGCUCGCCAACGUGCAGACCCAGCUCUCUGUGCGGAGCUCCUCGCUCAGCCGCUGCCAGGAGUGUCUGAAGGAGGCGCAGGAGACUGUGAGGAGUCUGCAGGAGCAGGUGGCCUCGCAGGCUGAGGAGAUCUACAGCGGAGAGAUGGAGCGCAGGAAACUGCACAACACCAUUCAGGAGCUCAAGGGAAACAUCAGGGUGUUCUGCAGAGUACGCCCCCUGCUGCCCGUCAGCCAGUCCUGCAUGGACCACAUCCAGUUCCCUGCCCAUGACAACACGGCUCUGAAACUGGCCAAAACCGAGGAGUCUCACACGGGCCGCAGCGAGGACACGCAGAAGAGCUACAGCUUCAGCUUCGACCGCGUGUUCGGGCCCCAGGCCUCCCAGGAGGCCGUGUUCGAGGAGAUCUCCCUGCUGGUGCAGUCCGCGCUGGACGGCUACAACGUGUGCUGCUUCGCCUACGGGCAGACGGGCAGCGGGAAGACGCACACCAUGGAGGGCGGCGAGGCGGACGAGGCCCAGGGCAUGAUCCCGCGCGCCGUGCAGCAGGUGUUCCGGGCCGCACGCAACCUCGCCCCGCAGGGCUGGCAGUACUCGUUUGUCGCCAGCUUCGUGGAGAUCUACAACGACACGCUGCGCGACCUGCUCUACACGGGCAAGCCCAACAAGAGGCCUGAGCACGAGAUCAAGAAGACCGCCAGCUCCGAAAUCACCGUCACCAACCUGACCUACCAGAAGGUCACCACCGAGGACGAGGUCUGCAGCCUGAUCCUGCUGGCCAAUCAGAACCGCUCGACCGCGCGCACCAACGUGAACGACCGCUCCUCCCGCUCACACUCCGUCUUCCAGUUGGACAUCGAGGGAGAGAACGCGGGAAGAGGGGCCAAGUGCAAGUCCUCUCUGUGCCUGGUGGACCUGGCAGGCAGCGAGCGCUUGCAGAAGAGCCAAUCGCAGGGCGAGAGGUUCAAGGAGAUGACCGCCAUCAACGGCUCCCUCUCCAACCUGAGCCUCGUCAUCACCGCCCUGGCCAAUAAGGAGAGUUACAUUCCCUACCGCAACUGCAAGCUGACUUACCUGCUGCAGAACUGCCUGGGAGGCAACAGCAAGACCCUGAUGUUCGUCAACAUUGCCCCAGAGGUGGAGAGCUUCGGAGAGUCCCUGAACUCCCUGCGGUUUGCCAGUAAGGUCAACGACUGCGUGAUAGGGACUGCGUCGGCAAACCGAAAAUAGAGCACCAUUUUCUGACGAAUAUCCUGCUUUCGUGGCUUUUUAACUCCCCACCCCACACCCCCCUUUUAUUAUUUUUUUAAAAGGUAUUUUACUGAAGAAAUUGAAAAAAUGUGUUUCAAAUGGCUAUACCCAUUGGUCUUAUUUAGCGUUGCCUUUUUUCAAUAAAACGUUCCAAGUCUCAAUAAAAA